ACCCCAACCACCAGUCAGACGGAGAGACUCACACAUUCAUCAUUUCCGUCUCUCUCACUCUCUCUCUACCUUCUUCUUUGAAUUCCCAGAACCUCCUCCUCUCCUUCUCUUCAAAUCCAAAUCCAAACUUUAUACUUCUUUGCAUAUCAAUCUUCAACACCCUUUAAACUCAUUUGGGUUUCCAUCAAAAUCCAAUCUUGAAUAUCCAAUUUGGAGUUUUGGUAAAUGAUCAUGUUGCAGCUGUUCUUCACAGUGGCCUUCUCUGCAGUGCCACUGACUCUGUAUGUUCCACCACUCAGAAGCCUAAACCCCUUUGUAGAGACCAUGGAGGAUCUCUUAUCCGAGUCAAGAUCAUACACCAAUAGGGUCUACCCACGUGUACGCCAUCUUUGGGUUAGGAUCUUGGAUUGUUUACUUUGCAGCACAAGGUAGAUAUACACAUAUAUCAUAGAUCAUCAUGACUUUUCAAUGGAUUUCACUGGUACCAUGUAAUUGGUUACAUCCCACAAACAAACUUCUGAAUCUUGUUUUAGCUUUUUGUUUUUGUUUUUGUUUUUGAAUUUCUUUUUGCUGUGGUAAAUAAGGUGUGAUGAAGAGUUGGUUUUUGGUGUUUGUGGUGGUGUUGUUACUUUGCCAGCCGGAUGAUCUGUUUAUGUUGUAAAAUUUGUCUUGUAAUUUCAUGAGAAUGUUUUCAUGCCA